AUGCAUGGCCCCCUCUUUCAUGUGACCGCGUCCUUGCGCAAUGUAUUCACUGCAACGACAUUGGCGCGGCUAUACCAACAGUAUGACCGCAUCCCCUCUCCCCUUUCCACCCCGGGCGGACAAAGGCCUUGUUGGAAGGCCGGUGACAUCAAACACCCGAACUACCUCUCCGACAAACAUAGCUCCGACGCACCUGGCGCAUUCCUUGCCCGCUCCUUUUCCGCUUGGCGACUGUGCCUGCCCCCAAUGACAACAGCACUAACCGGCUUCCCAGCCCUAGUCGAGGCCCCUCCCAACCUCACCGGCGUAGUCGGCCAACUGCGCUGCUACUACAGCAAGAACGCCGAGAUCCUCGAGGCCCGACUGGAAGGCAGUCCCCGCGCCCCGCAGUGGACGCCCGCCCAGUCGACGGGGAUGCACCAGCACGCGAAUGGCAGCUACCUGCGCGGCGCCUUCACCUCGGACCUGAGAUCCGACCACAGCUCGGAGACCAACACGGUAAGCCUCUGUCUCUCUCUGAAAGGAAAUCCCUCCUCGGGUCGGGGUACUGACCACGAAGGAGAAGAUCGUCUUGCUCUUCCACGGCCAAAACACCCACUACGCCCAGCGGCUCGCACAAGGCUCGGAUACCUGGACCCAGCCGGUGGACAUCACCGCCGAGCCGACGGCGGACACCUCGUUCGGCCUGGUCGCGCCAUUCUGGCGGCCGGCCAUUGUGGAUGUUGCGAAUCAUUGAACCUCCCCCUCCACCCCCGAUAUCAUGCUGGUAACAAUCCCUCCCCCGAGGUCAGAGGUAAAAAGGUCUUCGAACUCCACCGCGACGGCCACACCGACCCGUCCGCCGCCUGGACCAGCCGCGAGAUCUUCCACGCCCCGGCAUCCGACUCGACGGUCAACUCGACCGCCGCGUGCCUAAACAAGGAGGGCCUGUGGGUGUUCGUCAAGUGCUCCGAGACGCUGUAUCUGCUGCGCCGCGGUUACGAGGACCAGAGGUAUCAGGGCGGAGAGAACCCCUGGGUUAAACAGCCCGGCUUUGCCAUUGGCGCCGUAAGCGCCUGGGACAGCGCCCCGCGGAUCUUCCUCUGGGAGAUUGCGGACGGGCAACGCACGGUCAUCGAGGCAUCGACAGCCACUACUACCGCAGCCGGCGGCGAGCCCGGAGACUGGAUUGAUAUCUUUGACGGCUCGCGCGACCAAGGCCGGAAGAUCCUCCACGCUUCCGUUGUCCUGCAGCAGGGGACGCGGACGUCCCAGGGCCCGCGCCCGGAGACGGUGACGCUGGCGUACAAGGUCGACGAUGCGAUCCACACGCGCGUCUGGGACAAGGAGCGGAGGCAGUGGAGUGACGGGCCGGUGGUCUGCGCGUCGCUGUCGGGAUCGUAA